AGUUUGAAGCAAACCUAUAAUUCCAUCCCCUAAUUUUUCUUUCUCUUUAUUUAUUUAUUUUUCUAAAAGAAAGAAAUAAAUCGCUGGAUUGUGAUGGAAGGUCGAUCAAGUUAUGUGAGUAAAGUCGAAGUCAUGAACGGUGAUCGGAAGGGAAGAUAGAAAGAUCAAGGUCUCUGAGUAAAAGUCAAGGAAUAGUGUGGAUACAAUUAGGGCACGAGCGCGAGACACACAAGUUUCUGCGUAUGAUAUACGUGUUGUUUCAUUUGUGUUUCUGUCAGCGAAGAAGAGCGAAACGCUUUAACAUCACACUUGAUCUAUGGAGCCAACAAAUGGAGGUUUGUCAAGCAAUUAUGGUAACCCAAUUCCAGUAAACUUUGAGCCCUACAAGCUGACUGAGUUCAACUCCACCAAACAUAAAAGGAUCUGGACAUUUGAAGAAAAUAUGCAUUCUGAACCAAAACAGAAGCGGCAGAAGGCUGGCCCAAAUGUUGUUGAUUAUUCUGAUCCAUUUGCCAUUCCCAAUUUGCUGGAAGGUUUAGAUGCCGGAAGAUUCGGAAGUGUGACUAAAGAAAUAGAGGCCCUAUGUGCUCGAAGGAUGCAAAUGCUUCAACCUUAUUAUGUAAUGUAUCCUUCACUUUCAUAUAUGUGCACGGAUUUGGGAAAGAAACAGGGCAAAAAGGCUUCAAAGUUGGUGAAUAGAGAGGCCUCUCAUUUGGCUCACGAAGAUGUUAUAGAUCUGGAGGAUGAUCACGUUGUUGAUGAUGCUCUAACAGCAACAGCUGUAGAAGAUGCAACAUUACCUGUUGUGAUUAUCGAUUCAGAUGAUGAAGACUGUGGAGAUCAGAAGGUCUCUCAUCCACCACAGGAAACAGCCUGGCCUUCUUUCUCAUAUCAGGAAGUUGUCUUGAGAAAACCUUCUGUUGGACUUCUUGCAAAUAAUCCUGUGGUUAGGGAUUAUGUUGGGAGUAUAGCCCCAAAAGUAGAAGAGGGAAGUCUGAUGGGUGCUACUGAAAUCAGAAAAGAUAAGGAUGUGUAUAUUGGUGUGGGAGAGAAAAGUUUGGUGGCUAACCUUGAAAUGAAAAAAGUGCAAGGUGAAUAUGUUGGUGUGGAAGAUGAUAUGGAAACCAAUGAAGGCAAUCUUCGAGCUAAGACUGAAGAUGAUGGUUUGGCUGAUAUGUGGCAAGAGUUUGAUUUGGCCUUACAAUCUUCAAAGGAUGUUGCUGUGGAUCCUGGAGAAGACGAAAAAGAAAGCAAAGAAGAAUGUGAGCAUUCUUUUGUUCUGAAGGAUGAUAUUGGUUCUGUUUGUCGCAUCUGUGGAGUUGUCAACAAAAGUAUUGAAACCAUAAUUGAGUACCAGUAUACUAAGGUGAAAAGAUCCAGAACUUACAUGUAUGAACCUCGAAACACCAAAGAUAGAGAGCCAACUGAUGACCCUUCAGAUGGACUUGGAUUUUCUGAGCAUAAUUUAACUGUAACUGAAAUCCACGCACAUCCGAGGCACAGCAUGCAAAUGAAGCCCCAUCAAGUGGAGGGCUUCAAUUUUCUGGUAAGCAACUUGGUGGCAGAAAAUCCUGGGGGUUGCAUUUUGGCUCAUGCUCCAGGGUCUGGGAAAACUUUCAUGAUCAUUAGUUUCAUGCAAAGUUUCCUAGCCAAGUAUCCCCAAGCCAGACCUCUUGUUGUACUUCCCAAGGGUAUCUUGGCAACAUGGAAAAAGGAAUUUCUGACUUGGCAAGUUGAGGAUAUUCCACUGUAUGACUUCUACUCUGUGAAAGCAGAUAGCCGGCCUCAGCAGCUAGAGGUGUUGAAACAAUGGGUGGCAGAGAAGAGCAUCCUGUUUUUAGGGUACAAGCAGUUCUCCUCAAUUGUUUGUGGUGAUGGAGCUUCCAAGGCAACAAUUGCCUGCCAAGAAAUACUGUUAAAGGCCCCUCAGAUUCUUAUUUUGGAUGAGGGUCACACUCCAAGGAAUGAGAACACUGAUGUUCUGUACUCCCUUGCAAAAGUUCAAACUCCUCGGAAAGUUGUACUCUCAGGCACCCUUUAUCAGAACCAUGUGAAAGAGGUAUUUAAUAUUUUGAAUCUUGUUCGUCCAAAGUUCCUGAAGUUGGAAAGUUCCCGUGCUGUUGUUAAGCGUAUAAUGAGCAAGGUGGACAUCAUGGGUGUAAGGAAGCAGUUGAAAUCCAAUGCUGCAGAUGCUUUUUACGACCUGGUGGAAAACACACUCCAGAAGGAUGAUAAUUUCAGGAGGAAAAUAACUGUGAUACAAGAUCUCCGUGAGAUGACCAGCAAAGUUCUGCACUACUAUAAAGGAGAUUUCCUGGAUGAGCUACCUGGACUGGUUGAUUUCACUGUACUUCUCAAUCUCAGUGCCAGACAGAAGAAGGAGGUUGGAAAUUUGAACAAGUUUGAGAGGAAGUUCAAGAAAAAUUCUGUUGGGAGUGCUGUUUAUUUACACCCACAGUUGAAGUAUUUUGCAGAAAAACUUGCUGCAAAUGAAUCUAAGACGGAUGAGAUGACUUGUCAGAAAAAGAUGGAUGAGAUCUUAGAGCAAUUGGAUGUAAGAGAUGGAGUGAAAGCAAAGUUCUUCCUUAAUGUGUUGGCCUUGUGUCAAUCUUCAGGGGAGAAAUUGUUGGUUUUCAGUCAGUACCUUCUACCACUGAGAUUUUUGGAGAAACUAACCAUGAAAGUGAAGGGUUGGAGUCCAGGAAAAGAAAUAUUUGCCAUCUCAGGUGAAUCUAGUUCAGAGCAACGGGAAUGGUCAAUGGAACGCUUUAACACCUCUCCUGAUGCAAGAGUUUUCUUUGGCUCAAUUAAAGCAUGUGGGGAAGGAAUAUCAUUGGUUGGGGCAUCUAGGGUUCUUAUUUUGGAUGUCCAUCUAAACCCAUCUGUGACCCGCCAGGCAAUAGGCAGGGCUUUCCGUCCUGGACAAAAGAAGAAAGUGCAUGUGUACAAGUUGGUUGCUGCUGAUUCACCGGAAGAGGAAGACCACAAUUCUUGCUUCAAGAAAGAAUUGAUUUCAAAGAUGUGGUUCGAGUGGAAUGAGUACUGUGGUCACCACGAGUUUGAGGCAGAAACUGUGGAUGUCAGUGACUCUGGGGAUCUCUUCCUGGAAAGUCCAUUGCUGAGGGAAGAUAUAACAGUUUUGUACAGAAGGUGACUCUCACACAUCUUCCAAAAAGACUCGUGAGGAGAUGGAGACAGGGGAUAAGUCAUCUGUGCUUUUUCUUUUUCAUUCCUUAUGAGAGCAUUUGUCUGAUUUUGUGAGAAAUGCCCCUUAACUUCUGGAACACCACUGGCCUAGCACAUUGCCAUGUUUUCUGUUAUUAUUGUUCCCUUUUGCAAAUUUUGUAAUUACCAUUCGUACAUCAUCACCUGUCUAUCCUUGUAGAUAGAAAAGUGUGGUUUUGUUUGAAAACCCAUGUUCUGGCUUUUAUCUGCGAUCCAAUCCUGCUGUUGCGGAUAGAAAA